GGGAGUUUUCGAAGCGGGAAAGAAGAUAGAACAACAAAAUAUUAUGGCAACAAAGUAAUCUUAGCUGAACCAAAAAAGUAAAAAGAUACUGUACUGAACUUUCGUGAAAAUCGGUUGUAACAAAUGUCAAUUUACGGAAAUAUAUUGUUUUACAAGCCCACAGGCUCUCACGAGGAGAAAACAAGGAUAUUCUAUUCUCCUCUCAAUUGAUAUUGAAUAAGAUGAAAUCUAGACGCACCCAAAAGUCUACAAAACCCCGUUUACAAGACCCCAAACUCGCUGAUAAGGGGCACAAGUCAGCUUCGAAGAGCCAUGCCAAACCACCAUGUGAAUCUUAUCCUGCCCAAAACAAGCCUUUCACUGGGAAACUAUUCUACUUAGAUUUGCCAUCAAACAGAAGAGCAGAGACAUUAGAGAACGACAUCAAAAGGUUGGGAGGGACGGUGGAGAAGUUCUUCAGCAAGGAGAUCAAGUACCUGGUGUCUAAUAAGAGAGAGGCCAGGUAUGUGCAGUGUCAGGGCCGCAACACACUUGUCCCCAGCCCUUACUCUGGGCACAGCUCCCCCCACCCUCGCCCCCGUCCUGGCAGCCACAGAGACGGCCUCAGAGGAAGCUCCCAGGGCCAGGCAGACAUGGUGGUCAUGAGCAGGGGCAAGUCUUUGGUGGAGAGAGUUGUAAAAGAGCAGGUGAGGAUACAGGUCAACGAGAUCCUGUCCAAUGCUCUGGAGUGGGGAGUGAAAAUCCUGUACAUUGAUGAUAUAAUAGCUUAUAUGGAAAAUAAGAAAAGGAAUGUUAAGUAUACUGCUGAAAAGCCAACCGCAACCACAGCUGCUGUCAAGAAAAGUGCCAAAGCAGAACCUUCAGGAAAACCAGCUUUCCAGAAGAAUAAAGGUGGAAGGAUCCGUAAGCCGUUUGUGAAGGUAGAGGACUCCAGCAGACAUUACCGUCCAAUUUAUCUGGCCAUGCCAAACAUGCCAGAGUUUAACCUGACGUCAGCUCCCCCCUGCAGUCCAUUCUAUGUAGAGGACCAGGAACACCCUGGGAAGAGACCUAAAGAGCACGGGAACCGAGGGGAGAGAGUGUCAGCCAGUGAGGAGAGGGGGCAGGACCGGACCAGGAGGAACAGAGAUAAGAAACGUGGAGGCUACUGCGAAUGCUGUACGCUCAAAUACAACAACAUCAAAGCUCACCUGCAGAGUGAGCAGCACAGGGCCUUCUCCAGGAGUGAUGAGUACCUGGUGGUGGACAGGCUCGUCUCCACACUGCCCUUCAACGUCAGACAUGUCAAAACAACACAAACACCAACCAGAAGGCCAAAGUACAGCAUAUCCUCCCUGUUGUGUGUUCCUGGACCCAGUAUACAGAUGGAGGAGGAGGAGGAGGAGAAGAAGAAGGAGGGAGGUGUGGAUACCAGAGAGCUGAAGGGAGAACUAAUGACCCUCUGGUCUACUACAGUGGAGACCCCUCUCUCCAAUAGUGUGGAAAACCCCUUGGAACAGCCUCAGAAGCGCAGCAGUGUAGCCCCUGUUCCCCACAGCAUCAGCGAGGGGGAGAAGAGGUGCUCUAAUGUCCCAGACAGACCCCAUCCCAAACACAGAUCCCUGUCCUGCAAACGACACUGCCGGCAGGGAUCCUCGCGCACGCACACCCAGAGGGCUGGGCUGAGUCCGACACCUGUGUCUAAUGCAGAGAGAGAUCCUUCUACCCAUGACUCUGACACCAACCCCAGACUCUCCCAACAGGGCCAGAGAACUAACACAGACAAAGAUGGCCGCUCUUCAUUUAAUCACACAGAGGAUUUACAGUGUGGCGAUCCAGCUGGACGUGUGAAGGUCCCUUCCAGUCAGCACGAGGUGGCAGGGCCUUCAGAACACCACAACAGAGCUUUCGUGGAGUGUGAACUGGGUCACAAUACGUUGGCUGGGGAUACUCUUCCCGGGAAUACUGGGGGUGUUCCGGAGCUUGAGGCAGGUGACACGCAGACACACACCCCUACUCCUGCCAGGACGUUACAGAGGAGGGUCAGGGAUUACAGACGAAAGAGAAGGAAAGUUGAGAAGCAGCAGACUGCUCAGGAGCAGGGAAAACUGACCGACGUUCCCAGCAGCUCUCUGCUGAACCUCUUACAGCUGUUCCACUCCAGUGAGGACAUGGAGUGGGAGUUCAGAGGCUUCCCCAGCUGUUUCACUCCAGUGAGGACAUGGAGUGGGAGUUCAGAGGCUUCCCCAGCUGUUCCACUCCAGUGAGGACAUAGACUGGGUGUUCCAGGCCUUCCACAGCUAGAGAGGAGAGCAGGGGGUGGGUUUAGGGUGACCCAGAAUCUCCCCAAUAUGAGCACUACCCUCUUACGGACUCACUGUGUGAACUUAUUGUAUGACAAUUUCAUGGAGUGCCAUAGCAGAUCUAUAUGGGAGCCCAUUGACUGUGGCUCUUUAAACCUAUGACUUCUAUAAAGGGAAUAGUUCCCUUCAGGUUGGGAGGGUGGUGGCGCAACACUGUUGUGUUGAUUUAACUAUGGCAGCUUUUAUUCUACUAGGCCUCUUUACCAUGACUGGUUUUAUCUGGAGAACAGGCUGGAGCACUAUCCUCAGUCCUGUACAACGCCUGCAUGUGUUCUGGUGUCGAGAGGAACUGCAUGGUUGUGUUUUUGGUAUGUGGUAUUGUAAAAAAUAUUUUUAAUUACAAAAAAAAAAUGGGAUACAACCAAAGGUCUUCUAUUGAACAGCCAUUACGUUUCUGUAUGUAUUGUACAGAUUAAAAAAGUAUCUACGUGACAUCUGUGUUUGAUAAAUGAAAGACUACCUAAACCGCUC